UGCCAACAGUUCAGUGGCACUUCACUCAGCAAAAAAAACCUUUAUUUUGGUGAAACAAGACAACCGGAAGUUGUGUAACUGUAUGGCUAUCAGCUAAACCAAGUCGGUGGACAACCUCACAUUAGAGCUGUUUGAGAACACUGUGAGGUAGAAACUUUCCCAUGUCUUGUCAGUAAAGUGUCGGGCGACUAAUUUUUACCUGAAAGGAGAACAUGUUAUGCUGAGGUUGGUUAACAUGUCGCGUCUGUUAGCUAGCUAAGUUAGCGGUUGUUCAAGGUUUGUCUGUUACUAUAGCGCGAGGACGGCUAGGUGUUUGCUAAUUUCGAAUUUAUUGUGUUUGUUUUUGACGUUUUCCUUAGUUGAACGUGCCAAUUAUAUCCAAUGAGGCCUGUAGUCAUCUCAGCGGCUCCCAGAUGUUGGUUGCUUAGCAACGGCGAACGCGACAGGAGCGCGUCCCUUUAAGCGCCUCUGGCUUCUUCCACGCGUUUUGCGUGCGUAUCUUUUUAGGGCUUCGUUUGAUGACUUUGUCCCAAGAUAAGGUUUUAAGAAAACCUCGACUGUGUACCUUCACAUUUGGUGUGACAGACGUUGUCCAUUCAAGAUGAAGAGGGAAAUUUAACAAGACGGUAGAAUCACACAACAGCUCCCCUCAACCGGAAGAGAUAUCAAUGGAAAUCCACCUCUGCCAUUUGUGUUGGACACGCUUUCCUGACAAACAACAAUUAGAGGAACACUUGAAGCAAGUCCACGAGUCAAACAAGUCAUUUUCCUGCACACAGUGUGACAACAUGUUUGUGCACAUCCAGAAAUUGAAAAAACAUGAGGCUGCACACGAGGGUUUGAAGCUGCAUCAGUGUCCCCAGUGUGAUAAAGGUUUCCAGACCUUAAAGGAACUAGAGAACCACAAGCAGGAUCACACAGAAGAGAAACCAUUCCAGUGCAUUAUAUGUGGUAAAAGGUUCAAACGGAGACCUAAUCUGAGAGCUCAUUAUACGAUGCAUUCUGGAGAAAAGCCCCAUCUGUGCUUUCUCUGUGGUAAAUGCUACGCCCGGGCUGAAGAUUUCAAAGUGCACCUCAGAGUUCACUCAGGAGAGAAACCUUACCGGUGUGAGGAGUGUGGGAAGAGUUUCUACUACAGGCAGGGCUUCAGCACACACAAGCAAAGUCAUAAUGCCAAACCCACGAGACCUGCUCUGCAGCUCGGCAGACCCAAAAGGUCAAACGGGCCCCAGAAGAUCUCGCAAAGUCCUCUGUCUGAUUCAGAUGGAGAGGACUCCACCUGGAAGCCUCCUGACCAGGAAAACAGGCACCAUCAUCAGCUCAAGGACCAAGACAAUCCCAUGGUAGAGGACGACAAGCAGAAAUCCACAUGGAAUUUUGGUCAUCAUACAUCACUGAGUUUGUGGGACCAAGACCCAAAUGCCUCUGAGAGGCGGACAGCAGCUGGUUACAGUGCCCUCUUCAGGGGCACGGCAGAUCUGGAGGAGAGCUGUCCAGAAGAGCAGUCUGGGACGUCUUCUUCACCACCAUCAUCGAAUAUCAGCGUCAGAUCAAAGAGGAAGAGGAUCUCACGGGUCACUCGACAAGAAAAAGAGCCUCCUGGAACACAGGGCCGGGUCCCUGGCCUCAUACGUAAAGAACCUAAAAGAAUGCCCAAAUCGGAAGAUCAAGAAAGCUCCCAUAAACAGCCGCAGACAAAGCUGUCUGUGGAGGCAAAACGAAACCAGGCCCUGAGCAGACCAAAGAAGAAGUACGAAUGUCCGACCUGUGGAAGAGUCUUCUCCGUCAACACUGGUCUGCGGCGACACCUUGUGAUUCACACGGGGAAAAGGCCAUACAAGUGCUUCAUAUGUGGAAGAGGAUUCACCCAGAGUGGAAACAUGAAAACACACAUGAAAGUUCAUAGAGGAGAGCUGCCAAACUGGACAUUACUUCGAGAGACACGUUCCCCUGAAGAACCUCCUGUGACUGUUCAUGUGUGUGGAGAGUGUGGAAUGGACUUCCCACAGAAAGAACAGCUGGACGAACACAAAGACAGCCACAAAAAGCCUUACGCGUGUCUCGAGUGCGACAAGACAUUCAAAAAUGAGUAUUAUUUUAAAAUACAUCAGCGCAUUCACUCUGGAAAGUCACCAUAUACCUGCUCAGAGUGUGGAAAGAGCUUCAUCACAGGAAAUGCACUGAAAAAACACGAGCUAACACAUACCGGAGAGAGGAAUUUCCACUGUGAUCAGUGUGGGAAGGCAUUUUCACAAUCCUCCCACCUCAAGGUGCACCUGAAAACUCACACAGGAGAGCGACCUCACCUCUGCUCCAUAUGUGGUAAAAGCUACUCCAAAGCAUUUACCCUGAAGGUUCACCUGCGAGUUCACACGGGGGAAAACCCCUACACCUGUGAGAAAUGUGGCAAGCGUUUCUAUUACACUCAAGGUUAUCAAAAGCACCUGAAGGUUCACAACAAGAAGCCAAAACCGCAGAGUAAACCUCUCGGGAGACCAAAACAGUAGCAGAUUGUGAUAAAUAAUCAAUAAUGUCAGCAAUCUGAGUAGAAAUAGGUAAUACAUUAAAAAUUGUUCACAAGUUACUGAUGUAACUGGCUAAAAACAUGGUAUGACAGACCAUAUACUCAUAUUAUAUUACAGUCUAUCAUGUACACUACUCCAAGAAAAUAAAUCAUUAUUUUAUGAAUCAUUUGUUUCUGCGUAUUUCUUUGUGUAAUUAACUGUGACUCCACACAUCCCAAAUUCAAGUGCCGUUUUCACGAUCAACAUGAUAAAUUAUCAUAGCUUUUAUUUUAGUUUCUUAAAUUAGAUUAUUCGU